GCGCUGUUCCAACAUAAAUUGUUCCUUUCCCUCGCCUUCAGCUAGCUCCAGUUGGGACAUUGCAAAUUUGUGUGUCAAGUAAAUCGACAAGUUAAACGGUGUUCAAAGUUUGGAUGUCGAUAUCGAAAGCAGACUUUCAUCCAACCAAGGACCAACGGCAGGAGCAGAAUGGGACCAGAUGACAUCAAGCACAUUCUGACCAAUCUAUCCCCUCAAGAAGCCUCCCAGCUCCGCAACCAUCUCCUCUCCAGAAACGUCGAGGAGCUAGGCCUCUCCCCUGACCAGGCCUUGGGGAUUCUUCAAGCUCUUGAAGAAGGGGAGUUUCAGACAAGUCGCGGCGAGUCUCAAGGGCCACUGUAUCCUGCCAACCUGGUCCAGGACGUCGCUCAGCUCUUGUCGAACUGGGAAACGAUUUUCGGGUCCCCACCACCGAAGAGCUUCCUAGGAGGGAUGCCUGGGGCAGGCAGGCAUCCCAGUGAUUUUGGAGGAGAGGUUAACGAGGUUUCCAUCAUCCAGGAGAAAGUGGACAUGCUGGAGAGGAAGAGAGCACUUAUCUUGCAGCAGUUGCAUGAAUCUGACCAAGAGACACCCCAUCCACAGUUUGCCCCAGAGCCGAUGCAGUGGGUGGAGCCACAGGCUAAGCGGAGGAGGAUGCCAGAUAGUAGAGAGAGCUUUCAACAAGAAGCAUCUGGAUUCUUUGAUGAUUCCUGGAGCACCCAGCCAGUAAAUGAGGGCCAGAAUAUGACAGGGAACCAGGCUGGGGGUAGAAAUCAACAAAGGGGAAAUAACAAACGUGGACUACAGCAGAUGCAGACAAGUUACCAACAGGCAGGUAUUCUGCAGGUACCAGGUGGGUACCAGGCUGCUGAAUGGAACCAGGCAAAAGGAGGUGGAAACCAGGCAAGCGGAGGUGGAAACCAGACAGGAGGAGGCGGAAACCAGAUAGGAGGAGGCGGAAACCAGGCAAGAGGAGGUUGGAACCAGACAAGAGGAGGUGGAAACCAGGCAAGCGGAGGUGGAAACCAGACAGGAGGAGGCGGAAACCAGGCAAGAGGAGGUUGGAACCAGACAAGAGGAGGUGGAAACCAGGCAAGCGGAGGUGGAAACCAGACAGGAGGAGGUGGAAACCAGGCAAGAGGAGGUUGGAACCAGACAACAGGUGGUGGUAUCCAGACAAGAGAUGGUGGAAAUCCAAGAGGUGGUAAGCAGACCAGACGAAGAAACAGGAAGAGAGGCGGGAAGCAAAUGAGAGGCAGAAACCAGACAAGAGGCGGGCUGCAAGGACAAAGUGGGAGAGGUGGAACCACUUCAGAAACUCACUCAAGAAGUCGCAGUAAUAGCAGCUCUCGAUUCCAGGAUAGGAGGGAAUCUGAAGACCGAGGAAGAUUUACAGAAAGAGGCGAUUCACCAGCUGGGAGAGGAUCCCCGGGCAGAUGGAGUCAUGAUGAAUCAACGUACAGCAACCAAGAUAGGCCUGAUGAUUAUUAUGGCAGUCAACAACGGGAUAAUUCCAGGGAACGAAACACAGAGACCCACUACUAUGACCAAGGAGAUGCUGGCAAGGAGGAGGAUCUCAGGGAGGAAGACGAUUACAGGGGAGAUCAUCGGGAUUUUGAAGAUAGCCAUGAUGAUUAUAGGGAUGAGUAUCAUAAAGAUGACCAUGCACUUUAUGCAGAACAAGAUGACCUCAGAUCAGAUGACUUUAGAGAAGAUGACAGGAGACAGGGUUUUGAACGCAAGCAUAGUGGUGAUUUCAGUGAAGAGGAGACAUACAGAUUGGGGGGAAAGAAUUUUGGGAUCGACAGGGAAGACCAGGUUUUCCAGAAUCGAGAAGAAAUUUCUAGGCAGAAAAGAAGAGAAAGGAAGUUAAAGCAGAAAAGUGGACGAGCUCCUGCCCAGCAGGGGGAAAAGAAGGGCCGAGACGAUUAUCAAAAUGCACCUGUUGGAAAUCUGGGGGAGAGGUGGGAGAGAGGGAACAGCCAAGAAGACAGGAGAGAUCUUGAUCCCCCAAAUGACGAUUGGAGAAGUGAUGUCAGAUCAGAGAGCAGUAAUCGAAGGGAUAGCUGGAGUGAAGACAGACAUAUAGAGAGACCAAGUUGGGACGACAUGGAACGAGAAGCGGAGUAUCAGCAACGACAGCGUGAAAUGUCAGCCAGGAGUUCCAGAGUAUCACAAGAUAUUGGUCUAAGGCAUAUCAGCCCCGGACAAGAUUUGAGAAUGAUGAGCCAACCCCAGCAGAGGACUCUUAUUAAUAUUCCGUUGGGGAGCAACUUGUCUCCUUACAGUCGACCCGGUGUUGUAAACCUGUCACCAUUGCUCCAGGGAAAUUUGCAUUUUCAGAGACCACCACAGUUUGUGAACAGACAAGGCUUCGCAGGAGUUGGGGUACCCCAGCCUCUCUUUCCCUCACCCCCAACUCAAAACCGACUGAACAUCCUGUCGGGACCUGCAGCUGGUCUCAGUUCUGCCAAUCAGCCUCCCAGACGACCAAUUAAUCAAAUACCACCUUUCAUACAAGCAAAACGCAUCAAAGCAGCUAAGAGGACUAUUACACAUUUUGCGAAGAUGUUGAUUACGCAACCGCGUGAGUCCCCUCCAAAGAAAUUCGAGAAGGAUGCUAGUCAGACGUCGUCAACAGAUGCAUCUACUAGUACCGCCCCAACGGCUGCUGCUUCUGUAACAACUUCAGACGCACCCAAGAGCCAAGACCCGAAGAAAGAAACUGAUGCCUCCAAGACUCCUGCAACAUCAACUAAAGCUGAUUCAACUGACCCAGCUAAACGACAGCCUGACCCUAGGCUGUUCAGUAUCAGAAAACAGGUAUCACUCUUGGAGCUUCGUGAUCUCCAUGGCUUCAUCUAUAACAAAGUGCUGACAGUAUGGGCCUGCUACGUCUGCAAUGAUUUCAUGACAAGCGAAACGGCUUAUAACAACCACACAAAUUCAAAUGGUCAUACAAUUAGAGUGCAAAGGUUGGAUGGACCAAACGGGUCCAAUGAACAGCACUGGCUGGUGAAUCGGAUCCGGAAACUUCCUGAUCAGAGCAAGGUUGCACCUCAUGAGUUGACCUUGGAGAAAGGCGCGGAGAGGGUGUAUUUCUGCAAGAGUUGUUACGACACCUACACGUGCUUGCCAGAGGAACACAAACAGCAGCAUAGACAUCAGCGCAAACUUAUGUUUCAGCCUUUUUGCACAGUGUGCAACCUGUACUUCAAGAAGAAGCUGUAUUUUGAAAGACACCUUAAUGGCGCACUCCAUUUGAAGAUGAAGGAGAUGAGAGCAAAUUCGGAGAAGGACAGUAAGCACAAUCAGAGGGUUCCAGAUGCGGCCAAGAAACAAAACAUCCAACCAAGUAAGGCGAUUGUUGCAAGCCAGCAACAAAAACCUAGCCAGUCACAAACUUUGGCGGCUUCCAAACAAACAUCUGUUUCUGGCCAAUCACAGCGUGGGAACCAGAGACCAGGACCCAACCAGCUACGAGGCCCCAACCAGAAGCAAGGGCCCAAUCAAAAACAAGGGCCCAUUCAGAAACCAGGGCCCAAUCAGAAACAAGGGCCUGACCAGAAGCAAGGGCCCAAUCAGAAACAAGGGCCUAACCAGAAACAAGGGCCCAAUCAGAAACAAGGGCCCAAUCAGAGAGGAGGGCCUAACCAGAAACAAUGGCCCAAUCAGAAACAAGGGCCCCAUCAGACUCAAGGGCCCAAUCAGAAACAAGGACCCAAUCAGACACGAGGGCCCAACCAGAAACAAGGGCCCAAUCAGAAACAAGGGCCCAAUCAGACAAGAGGACCCAACCAAGGGCAGCGCCCAGGUCAGGCCCAGGUUGUGAAGGCAGCCACCAAACCAGCACCUGGUCCAACAGGUUUGCAGAUCGGCAGACAAAAGGACGUCACUGUCCUGAGAAUGGAGAUACCACCGGAGGCGUCCUCAUCAAAACUGAGCGCCGACUCGUCUGUGAGGCAAGACAGUGAGGAGAAGGGUGAAGAUCUCAUUGGGUUUGAACUGGUCAUCCCAGUUACUGGUUUCUUCUGCAAGUGCUGUUCCAAGUUCUACAACGACAAGUACACAGUGAGAAGCAGUCAUUGCAAGACGGAGUUACACAAGCAAAAGGCGGAGCGCUGGUACAUGUAUGAAACUCAAGAAAAAGCAAAGCAGACAGAUCUGGACAGCAGUGGAGACAUCAAAGAGAAACAGAGCCGAAAAGAGGCAGCGAAACUGGAGAGCACUCAAUCGGCACAAGACAAUGUGAUUGUCAUUGAUGAUGAUGAGGAUGAAGCACCUGAUAAACCAAAGCAAGAUACUCAAGAAGCAGACAAGACGGUAUUGGGAGACAUCUCUGUUCGGGCUGCAAGUAUAACUAGCCAGGACAACACUGAGAUAAGAGACUCCCAGACUAAUGAUGCAGAGAGGAAGCUUGAAUCGCCGGAAGUGGACACAACACAAGCUGAAGAGGAAUUCAUGGAUGAAGAAAAUAAUGUGUUUGUCACAGAAGAUCAAGUUGGGCAGUUGCUCUCCGAUGAUACUGAUCAAGAUGCGAGUCCAGAGGUUGAAGGGCAGGAUACAUCCAGUCAGCAGGAAGUGGGAUCUGAUGGUCACGGUGAAACACCCAAAGAAAGGGAGGAGUUAUCUGCUCAAGAGGAGGAGCCAGUUGCUCAAGGGGAGGAGCUAGUUGCUCAAGAGGAGGAGGCAGUUGCUCAAGGGGAGGAGCUAGUUGCUCAAGGGGAGGAGCCAGUUGCUCAAGGGGAGGAGCUAGUUGCUCAAGGGGAGGAGCCAAGUUGCCAGGAAUCUGCUGAGAAGGUAGAGAAUAUGCCUUCGGAGGAGUCAAAUGCUGAAAGUGUGGAGCCAUCUGCAGUUCAGGAGAAACAGCGUAAAGAAGAGGGUGAAUCUGAAACGGAUCUACCUACAGACCAAAAGGGUGAAUGCACUAUUACAGAAGCAGAGGCAGUCGCCAGGACUAUGGACCUCUCUGGUGAUGAUCCAAACACAGAGAGGAUGGAUGUCGGCACAGAGGGCAGCCUACGUAUUGAUGACCAGGAGCCUAUGCUUACUGAGGAGGAAGACGUAUCAACCACAGACAUUGAGCUUUCAGCUUCAAAGAAGCUCCCUACUGACGAAUCAACUAUACAGGAAUCAACUCAAUCUCCCACUGAGAAGAUGGAGACAGUUGCCAGUGUAACAUCUCAGCAAGGCGAGGAGCAAAAUCUUCACCACGUGGCUGUGGAUAAGCCUAAAGACACUGGUUUGUCAGAGGACGAUCUGUAUGGGGAUCUUGAUGAAGAGACGUUUCUUAAAGAUGAUGCUGACGACGAUGCGUACCUGGUAAAAGAGGACAGCCUGCAGAGUGAUGGCUCAGAUCAGAUAGGUGAUGAGGAUGAGGAUAUGUUUGCUAUUGACGAGGAUAAUUGGGAGGUGCGAUCUGAGGAAGGAGGCAUUGCCCUCAGCAGUGACGAAGAGCAGGCUAAUGGCAAUGGGAUGCAAGAAACACUAGGAGAUGAACAUAAGACAGUUGAAGCUGAGUAACCAUAUAGA